CGCCGAUUGCUACGUGGGCCACCCUCCUGGGCAGAUGCUGACAUUUGUCCAAAGCUUUGAUGAGCAAGAAUGUGCGAAAGAGAUAUAGACUGAGAAGACCAGAAGCUCUGGCGAACAGCCAGCGGUACUUUCACUUCCUCGGCGUCAGCAUGUCAGUCUCGCAACCUCGUCAAACUCUGCAGUUACCCCCGGUCGUCCUCGGGGGCUCUGGUUUCAGCUACCAAGUACAUCCGGACCCGAAAAGUGUACCGGUUUCGAAGAUCAUUCGCCGCGCAUUCGAUGUCGGAAUCAGAGCAAUCGACACCUCGCCAUACUAUGACCCCUCAGAGUUUCUACUAGGAGAGGCGCUUGCGAGUCCUGAACUAACGAGCAAAUACUCGAGAAGCGACUAUAUCCUCAUGACCAAGGUUGGUCGCAUAUCAGUCAACAAGUUCGACUACUCUCCAGCAUGGGUGCACCAAUCAGUCCAGAACUCGCUAGAGCGCCUGGGCACUCCAUAUCUCGUAUGCCGUCUUCUGCUUGAAAAAAAAAUUGUCACGGUAGCCGAGGCAAUCGAAGCAGUCGGCGCACUGUUCGAGCUCUCGGAGAAAGGCUUGGUGAAAUUCGUGGGCGUAUCAGGCUAUGACCUGGACCGCCUUGUACAUGUCGCUCACGCCGUGAGAGAGAAAUACGGUCGACCAUUGGACGUCGUGCAGAACUGGGCUCAACUGACGCUGCAAAACACUCGCUUGGAGCGAUACGGAGUCCCAGCCCUGAGAGACGCUGGUGUCCCAGUCAUAUGCAACUCGAGCCCCCUAGCAUCUGGUCUUCUGCGGGCAAAUGGCGUGCCAGUGGGGAAGCUGGGAGACUGGCACCCGUCUCCCAAUGGACUUCGCGCAGCUGUCAAGAGAGCUUCGGACUGGACUGAAACGCAGAACUCGACAUUAGCGGCCCUUGCGCUGCGCUUUUCUGUGGCAAGGGCGACGCGGAUAUCGCAAGGCGGGGUUUCUGUUCACACGCUGCUUGGCAUUUGUUCGAUAAGCGAUAUCGAGGAGAACGUACGCGCCGUGAACACGAUUCUAUUACCCGAAGCAGAAGCGGCGAGUUCCCUCAGAGAUGGCGAGGUGAAUGUCGCGCAUCUCAAACGCGUGAACGAGACGGUCGAGCAGCAGGAUCUGGUGCUAUCUCGGAAAGUACGUCAGACGCUGGGCGAGUGGGUAGAGUAUGACUUUGAGAAAGGGCAACGAAAACAAGAGGUGCUGCCAUGGUGGCCUGGAAUAUCCGCUGGGGUCUUGGUAAUGGGGAUCUCGUUCUUACUGUUUACCCGGACAUCCCUGUCUCCGGUUUUCAACCAUAUUCGCUCAUAG